GAUCGAACUGCAGUCAUUUCUAAUUGAACAUUAUGAAAGCCAGUGGGUCUCAGAAAUUAAAUCAACCAAUUAAAACUUUGGACAAAACCUUGACAAGGCUUCAUUCAGGAAAAUUGAGAAAGCCUCUGCGGCUCAAAAAUUAAUUAUUCAAUAAAAACGGUGUCAGGCGGACUUAUACUUUUUCACAUUGCUCCCGGUGAUCGCUAAGUGCUCUCGCAACAUUUCGCUGCACGUGGAGUAAGGUGAACCUUUUCAAGUCCUGAGACAGAACGAAAAGCAACAAAAUGAGCAAGUUGUCGAUUGAGUUCGGCCCGGGGCUCAAUAAGUCGGACUCGCUGCCGACUCGCGUGGAGCAAGAAUUUUUGCCAGUGCUUUCCGCGAAAGAAACCCGGCAUCGACCAGCAAUAAUUUUCAACAACGUCGAAACCACUUACGCUGAAUUGGACGCAAUUUCAGCCCAUGGGGCCUCAGCAAUAGCAGCGAUCCCUGGAAAUCCGAUAGUUGCAGUUGGAGUUCACCCGUCUGACCGACUCGUUGCGUUGCUCGUCUCAAUCGUCAGAGCUGGUUCAGCGUAUUUACCAGUUGUUCCACAAGGACCCAUAGAACGUCUGGAG